AUGGUGGGUUUGAAUCUCGUUCUGCGGGCCUCGAAGCCCCACACGGCGGGCGCCUUUUUCUCGCCUUCUUUCUGCCGCGCGUCGAUCUCCAACGGCAAGCGCACCGUGUCCGCUUCGUCUCCACUCUGCACCGUCUCUCUCUCCUCUUCUGUCUCCGCCUCUGCGCAGUCCUCUGCGCCGGCUGCACCCGCCGCUGUCUCCUCUGGCGCCGCCUGCGCCUCCGCGCGCCUCCUCGCGACUGCGCCGGUCUCCUCUGUCUCCUCCUCUUCGCUCUUGGGAUCGGCGUCUCGGCCUUGCGCGUCGCGCUGCUCUCCACUCCGCGUGGCGCAGCGCGGCUUCGCAGUUGGCGUCUUCCAGCGCACCAAGCCGCAUCUGAACAUCGGCACAAUUGGGCACGUAGACCACGGCAAAACGACGCUCACCGCAGCCAUCACCAAAGUCCUCGCGGACAUGGGUCAGGCGGACUUCAAGUCCUACGCCGAAAUCGACAAAAGCCCCGAAGAACAGAAGCGCGGGAUCACCAUCAACGCCACCCACGUCGAGUACGAAACUGCCACGCGCCACUACGGCCACGUCGACUGCCCUGGGCACGCCGACUACGUGAAAAACAUGAUCACAGGAGCUGCGCAAAUGGACGGCGCCAUCCUCGUCGUCUCUGCCUACGACGGCCCCAUGCCACAAACCCGCGAACACAUUCUCCUCUCCAAGCAGGUCGGAGUUCCCCGUUUGGUGGUGUAUCUGAACAAAAUGGACAUGGUCGAGGAUCAGGAGCUCGUUGAGCUCGUGGAGAUGGAGGUGCGCGAACUUCUUUCUUUCUACGACUUCCCGGGCGACGAGACGCCCUUCGUGAAGGGCUCGGCCCUAAAAGCGCUCAAUGGGGACACUGGAGACUACGGCGUUAAAACCAUCCAGGAGCUGAUGCAGGCGUGCGACGACUUCAUUCCGGAGCCCGAGCGGAAGGCAGACUUGCCGCUCAUCAUCCCCGUCGAGAGCGUCCUCUCCAUCCCAGGAAAGGGCACCGUGGCGACCGGUCGUGUGGAGCAGGGAACUGCGAAGCCGAACGAGGCCAUCGAGAUUGUCGGCGUGCGCGACAAGCCGCUGAAGGCGCAGAUCGCCGCCCUGGAAAUGUUCAGAAAGACGCUUGAUGACGCGCAGGCCGGCGACCAGGUCGGUUGCUUGCUGAAGGGCAUCAAGAAGGACGACGUGAAGCGAGGCAUGGUUCUGGGCGCUCCGGGCUACCUGAAGACGUUCAAGAAGUUCGAGUCCGACCUCUACGUGUUGAAGGAAGAAGAAGGCGGACGCAAGAAGCCGUUCUUCUCGCACUACCGCCCGCAGGCGUUCAUCCGCACCGGAGACAUGGCGUGCACCAUCACGCUCCCCGAGACGACUGAGAUGGCCAUGCCUGGCGACCGCGUGACGUGCACCGUCGAGCUGCUUCACCCGAUUGCCCUCCACGAAGGUCUUCGCUUCGCCCUGCGUGAAGGAGGCCGAACAGUCGCCUCUGGCAUCGUGACCAAGCCGCUCGCGGACAAAUAA